AUGGGAAACAGGAAGAAGUGUCUGUCCUCACCAGACCCAGUUCCACAUCCUGACUACAGGAAGAAGUGUCUGUCCUCACCAGACCCAGUCCCACAUCCUGACUACAGGAAGAAGUGUCUGUCCUCACCAGACCCAGUUCCACAUCCUGACUACAGGAAGAAGUGUUUGUCCUCACCAGACCCAGACCCACAUCCUGACUACAGGAAGAAGUGUCUGUCCUCACCAGACCCAGUUCCACAUCCUGACUACAGGAAGAAGUGUCUGUCCUCACCAGACCCAGUUCCACAUCCUGACUACAGGAAGAAGUGUCUGUCCUCACCAGUCCCACAACCUGACUACAGGAAGAAGAGUCUGUCCUCACCAGACCCACAACCUGACUACAGGAAGAAGUGUCUGUCCUCACCAGACCCAGUUCCACAACCUGACUACAGGAAGAAGUGUCUGUCCUCACCAGACCCAGUCCCACAUCCUGACUACAGGAAGAAGUGUCUGUCCUCACCAGACCCAGUUCCACAUCCUGACUACAGGAAGAAGAGUCUGUCCUCACCAGACCCAGUUCCACAUCCUGACUACAGGAAGAAGUGUCUGUCCUCACCAGACCCAGUUCCACAUCCUGACUACAGGAAGAAGUGUCUGUCCUCACCAGACCCAGUUCCACAACCUGACUACAGGAAGAAGUGUCUGUCCUCACCAGACCCAGUCCCACAUCCUGACUACAGGAAGAAGUGUCUGUCCUCACCAGACCCACAACCUGACUACAGGAAGAAGAGUCUGUCCUCACCAGACCCAGUUCCACAACCUGACUACAGGAAGAAGUGUCUGUCCUCACCAGACCCAGUUCCACAACCUGACUACAGGAAGAAGUGUCUGUCCUCACCAGACCCACAACCUGACUACAGGAAGAAGAGUCUGUCCUCACCAGACUUCACAACCUGA